AUGCAAGAAGAUAAACUGGGCGAAUUCAAGAGAAACCAUUCUACGGAGUCCGAGUCUACCGAAGUAAUCAAAGAAACGGACGACACCCAUCCCAACCGUCCAUUCAGCAGCAUCCUCAGUCGAUUUGCGGAGCGGACAUCGUGUGUGGGGCCACCGUAUAUUAAUUCGGCGAACCAUUCUUACUCCAAGUUUUUCUGGUCCGUGGUUUUCUUAGUAAUGAUCGCUGCCACCCUGACCAAUUUGUAUAUGAACAUAGAUACUUACUACAGCAGACCGACAAAGACAACGAUUACUAUUGGCUACUCGGCUCUGACGUUUCCUAUGGUAACCGUGUGCAACAUGAAUGCUGUCCGGAAGUCCAAACUGCACUUGGCAGGAAGUGAGCUGCAGGAGUUCGUGGAUCUUCAGGACACGGAUAAGUUUAUGCGCCCGGUUCCUGGGCCAGGACCUGGUCGAAACAAGCGAUUUAUUGACAACUUCCAACGGAUGCAAAAUGGCGGCAACAGAACAUUCCGUCCUCAUGAAGAUAAAAUUGGAAAGGCGUUGGGUGGUGAGGUUGAUCCUCGGUUCGAGUCCCAAGAGGAGUUAAAGUAUCUGAUCGGCCUGGAAAACGCGACGACACGGUAUGCAAUGAGCCACCAGAUAGAUGAAAUGGUGUUAUCAUGUGCAUUUGAAGGGCGGACCUGCGAGGUGAACAACUUCACCAAGUUCCUGACAGACGAUUAUGGCGCAUGUUAUUCAUUUAACCAGAUCAAGCUGGGCAGCUCACAUGAGCCCCUACAAAAGUCAUACAGGAGAGGCAGUAGAUACGGGUUUCAGCUGAUGAUGUUUCUGCAAGUAGAUGAAUACCUUACCGGCAUUGCCCAGGGGUACGGGCUCCGGGUGACCGUCAAUUACCCCAAGACUAUGCCAUUCCCGUCCUCAGACGGUAUGUUUGUGUCGGCUGGCAUGGAGACUGAUAUUGGAGUAAAAAUGGUCAAUAUCUCUCGUCUGGGGGGCGUAUAUGGUUCAUGUGAAAACCCAGGAACGUUUGUACGGGAGUUUGGGUUUGAAUAUUCAAGGGCGGCUUGUCAGUCCAUUUGUCCACACUCCUACGUCAUGAAAGAAUGUGGUUGUUUUGACCCCUCCGUUCGACGACUGUACCCACUCAACGUCAGGGAAAAGUACUCGCCAUGCGCAAAUGAAACGGAACUCGAUUGUAUGGAAAACACAGAGCUAAAAGUAAUGAUAGAAGGAUCCUUAACAUGUGAUUGUCCAAACCCAUGCAGUGAAACCGCUUAUGAUACGCGACCUUCUAGUCGGGAAUGGCCUGAGGAUGGAUACUUGAACGCUUUGAUAGACAAAGUUUGCAGAUCUGAAAGCACAAAGGGCAGCUGUAACGAUCUUCUACGAAAACCUCCCUCUGAGCAAAGGCGAAACUUUGUGAAGCUGAAUGUGUUCUACAGAGACUUGAAUUUCGAGACUUUAUCGGAAGAGGCAGAUUACCCGGAGUCCCAGUUCUUGUCUGAUAUCGGUGGUUCUAUCGGCCUGUAUGUGGGACUAUCCGUCAUUAGUAUCAUAGAGGUUCUGGAGCUUGGCCUGCAGAUAUUCGUUGUGGAUGGGCAGAAAUGUAUGAAACCUAAAACAGACAGCUCCAGGGGAAGGAACGUCGAGAGAGUAGAAGCCAAUGGAACUCACCCUGUCUCCAAGGGAUCGGUGAAUACCGUCUCUACGGGAAGGGACGGCGGCCCUAGGGACGUAGGAAUCUUAAUGGGAGGAUGGGCGAUUACCAUUAUCAACAGGACAUGAAUUAUGGUGACCAGCGGUUCAAACAAAGAAACAUAAGCGUCUCAGCAAGUGGUCACCAGCCUACAAAAGGUCUGAAUUUGCUUCCUAAAGUUUGUAUUAAAAAGGGGACUUUCACGGCCCAAGUAUCCAGUUCGGCAGCAUGGUCACUGAAGAAUUGCCUACGACAUGGUAUUGCAAUAAAACCGUUAGCAAUAUGUCAUAACGUAGAAUCGAUACCGAACGA